GAAAUUAUACGGAAAUACAACUUGUAAUCAAAUUUUCAUCAACUCGAACGGUUAGGUACAGAUUGACGCAUUUGUAUUCAUCUCCAAGGAUGACAUUUGUUUUCCUAGGCAACUAAUGCACCACAAAAAUGAACUUUUCCUUCUCCUUAGGUAUGAUGAAUCUCACGAACGUAAAAAAAGUUGUUUGCCAAGAAUAAUCUCUCAUUGUGUCCUUGGCAUUGAUUCAAUGGAAUAAUAAAGAAGAAAGCUCUCUAUCGUUUGUCUAUAUGUGGCCUAAUUAGAUUGCAAGGACGUGCUUUUACAGUGAGUUUGGAUUGAGGGAUUUGGAGAGAAAAGGGAGGAGAGUGAGGGGGAGAUGUCUUUCUUUGAUUGUUCUGAUUAUUUCAUUGAUAGAGGGAUGAUGUAGGUGAUAGAUUUCUCCACUCCUUUGUCUUCUAUCUUCUCAAAUUAGAGGAAUUGCAAUAAAUUUAGUUUGUAUUUAAUUUUUUUUCUUAUUAUUUUUUAAGAAAAUAAUAUAUAAUUAUUUUAUUUUUCUUUAAAUUAAAUAAAAUAGUAUCCUCCCUUCCUCUUUUGUCUAUGCAAAUAAAGUUAACACUAAUCAUAUCCUUUCCAUCACCUCUCCUCCCUAUCCUUUCCUUCACUUCUCCUCCCUUAAACCGAGUCUUAAGGGAAAGGGACUACACUUCCAUUUUUACUCACCUCAAGUUGCUAAGAAAAAACAAAGGGAGGGAAUGGGAAAUGGAGAUAAGAUAAAACGUACAGUUAAUUAAUACUUAGAAGAUAUCAUUAGCUAUGUGAUUAGGUGUUAAAGUUGUUUGUGCUUAUUAAUUACUCCCCUCUAUUCAAAAAUAAUAAUUUUAAUUUGAAAUUUUUAUUUUAAAAAUCUUGGGUGAAAAUUUGAUGUGGUAAACAAAUGUUAAUAAAAAAUUUUACUUUUCCUAUAUAUAGUUUUUGUCUAAUGGUUCAUUAAAAAAAAUUAAUUGGUAUUUAUUUGUGAUGUUAAAUUUUGACCUAAACUUUUUAUCUUCAAAGUCAAACUAAAACUACUAUUCUUGAAUGGAGAGAAUAAAAGUUAUGGUUAAGUGCAUGAUGAGAAGCAAGCAACGUGUACCAUACCAUUGGACAUUAGGAACUAAAAAUUCCGUCACUUGUCCUAAUUGAUCCCAUCUGAUUCUUCCAUGUCAGUACAAAUACUAGUAAUGGUUAAAGUCUACUAUUAUUAAUGAUAAAAGUUAUUUUAUUUG